CUAUAUAGUUUCCCAGUCAUUGGCGGGCUCAGUUGGGAUACGUAAGCGCACGCGACACUAUCUUGAAUACAUAGUAACUCGUUGUUACAUAGUUGAACUUGUACGUGACAGUGCGAAAAGGCAAUGAUGACCAUUCGUACGUGUCACUUUUUAUCGAACAGUAGUGGUACUUAAACCGAAACGUGAUAUCGGUGAACGUAAAAAGGUGCGACCUGCUUCAUCGCGAGUGUACUUGGCACAAGUUCAACACAUACUUUUGAAGUUCAAUUUUUUGGACAUAGAACUAUCCUGUGAAGGACUAACGUCUUUUUCAUUUUUUGUUUGUGGUGAAACCUUGAAAACGAAACGCGCUCACAGAUGACGCAACGUGUACCCAGCACAGGCUUUUACGACAAUAUUGUCGAAGAUCACAAUUACACCAUGUUUUCCAUGUAUCCACCGACUUCUAACCUAUCAGAUCCGUGGCAACCAAGCAAAUUAGACAAUAUUAUGCUUGUUUCCCUGGACGGUCUGCACAGCGGAGUGCCGACCAGGACGACGCCGACGUUGACGCCAACGACGCUCCGGAGUAUCGAACAGACUUUUCUGGAGCUGACCAGUGAGUCAGCGUCGCACAGUCGCGAAGCAGGGUUCGUCCCACCGUUGGUGGAACCUUCGCAACCGACGCCGGCACAAACGCAAAACACGGCGGCGCAUCACGUUGUUACCACCACCGUCGCCGCCCCUGUGGCCACCAAUACCACCCUCGUGGACAGUCAACAGACGCAACCACAGCAGCCACAGCAGUCACAACAGCCGCAGCAGCCAGCGAGGCGCAAUAUGGGUGGUAGGAGGCCCACCAGGACGAUCGGGAUGACUCCCGAGGAGGAAGAGAGACGACAGAUUCGCAGAGAAAGAAAUAAAAUGGCAGCAGCUAGAUGCCGCAAGCGAAGAAUGGAUCACACCAAUGCCCUGUUAGAAGAGACCGAGGGUUUGGAACAGAAGAAACAGAGUUUGCAAGAAGAGAUACAACAGCUGCAACAGGCCAAAGACGAGCUCGAGUUUAUCCUGGAAGCUCACAGAGCAGUCUGCCGACUUCGUUCCGCGUCUCCUCCGGACGUGAAACCCGUGAUUACCGAUGAGCGUUCGAAUCUUAACUUCGAACCGAUUCGAAGUUUUUCAAUACUGUGAAAAUUCGAAUCCUUCGAACAUGAUUCGAUACUUAAAACCCUUGAAACUCUCGAUAAAUCUUAAAUCUUGAAUCUUGGUAAUAUUUUGAGUCUUCAAAGAUUCAAAAGUUUAAGAUUUAUCAGGACUUUCAAGAGUCUUUAACUAUCGGAUCAUGUUCGAAGUAAUUCAAUGUUUUCACCACGUGUAUAUAAUUCGAAGCGAUUCGAAAGCGUUUCAAAGCGCAUCACUACCCGUGAUGUAGGAUCGGGAUCUCCAUACCUAACAAACAGGAGCAAUAACAACGAGGAAGAAGAAGGUACUUUUGCCUUAUCUCCCCUCGAUUCUUAUGUUUGAGGAUUAUAAUCCCGGAGGUAUGGAAGCAUCUACGACUACACGAGGCAGCGACGAUGAUGACGAAAUUAAAAAAAAAAAAUUGUAUUUUUAAAGAACGAAAGCACAUCUCCUGGAAAAAAUUAAGAAUUUGUGUUGAAUUAGGAGAGUGUGUUCGAACACGAAGACAAAGAAGUAGAGUACGCUUUAAAUAUUCAGGGAAUCAGUACAGGAUAGCCGAGUAUUGUAGGAUUAGAGCCUUCCCAUACCUAAAAAAAAUAGGAAUAAUAAUAAGGAGGAAUUAAGAGGGCGUUUUGGCGAUAGCUACAUAUUUCUUUAACUUUAACUCAUUUUUCUUCUCCUAAUUUGAUAUACGUUUUUCUCGUUUUAAAUUAAUAUUCUCUAGAAGACAAAUAAUGUUUUAAUAGAUAAUUGUAUAACGAAACUCUUUCUUUCUCUCUCUCUUUCUCUCUCUCUGCAAAAUACAUUUCAAGAAAAGAAUUCAACAAGCCCAUCUUCGUUCCUCGUUCAUCGUGGCGGUUCUUGCCCUCUUUGUAUCACACAUAAUUUUCCAUAUCAAAUUAUUCUUACGUAUCAAAUAUAUUUUAUUCGGGAUCAUCUUCGCUCGAUUCUCGUCGAUUGCCCUCGUUCGAUCCCGAUCCUCGCGAAAUAACAUUAUAUUCUUGGAAUCGCUCUUCACUCACAACCAAUACUCUAGUCCAAUAUAUUCGAUCUCUCUCGCUCGGUCCUCAAUCACUCGACAUCCACGUUACACUUUCACAUUUGUAAUUAUAUACUCUACAAAUUUGUCAUUUUCAUCAACUGUUUGUUCAUUGUAUUUGAGAAGAUAAAGAGAUCGUGUGUACCAUUUCAUCGAUUGAUGAGAAGACACGCGUUUGAUUGCAUUUUUCCAAUGGUAUUGAAAGAUGAAUUUCCUGUUUGUAUAUACGAGGCAAAAGACUCGUUUUUAUUGUGAGAAAACGAUAAGAUAAUAAAAAUCGACACAAUGACAA